AGAAAAUAUUUGUUUAUUCAAUUAGCCUUUGGCAACGGCAAUGUUUUUUGAAAAGUGACCCGGUUUCAACGUCUAGGGGGCGACGGUGAUGACCCGGGGGAAGGGGGGCGGUGUGCAGGCCAAUCGCUGCACCAAGGCCAACCCAAGUAGUUCAGCCUUAGGUUAGGCAUUUAACAUGUUAUAACAACACAUGUGAAACAAUUACUUCCACAACAAAAACAUUUGACAGGGCCAAAUCAUAACCAUAUACAUCCUCCCAUUAUCCACACCAAAUCACAACCAUCAAUCCCCUCAAAUCCUACGGUCACAACCACCACAAUAUCUCAAACCAUAUCCUCAAAAUCUUACAAAACCAAACCACUUCACUCACACCCCACCCCACCCCACCACAAUCCACCACCAUGGCCUCCAUCACCCUCAAAUCCUUCACCGGCCUCCGCCACUCCUCACCGGAAAACCACCAUUCCACCACCUCCAUCACCACUCUCCCCAAAUCCCACCACCGCCGUGUUAAAAUCCUCGCCAGCAAAUCCAGCCCCAAACUCACCGGCCGGAACCUCCGCGUCGCCGUCGUCGGCGGCGGUCCGGCAGGCGGCGCCGCCGCAGAAACCCUAGCCAAAGGCGGAAUCGAAACCAUUCUCAUCGAACGCAAAAUGGACAACGCGAAGCCCUGCGGCGGUGCUAUUCCGUUAUGCAUGGUCGGAGAAUUUGACCUGCCGUUGGAUAUUAUCGACCGCCGUGUAACCAAAAUGAAAAUGAUAUCUCCGUCGAACGUCGCCGUUGACAUUGGUCAAACUCUUAAACCCCAUGAGUACAUCGGAAUGGUCCGCCGUGAAAUUCUUGACGCUUAUCUCCGUGACCGCGCCACCGCCGCCGGCGCCACCGUGAUCAACGGUUUGUUUACAAAAUUGGAUAAACCGUUGGAUAAAUACGCACCGUAUGUUAUUCAUUAUAACGAGUAUGACGGAAAACCUGGGUCCGCCGGUAAAAAGGUAACGAUGGAAGUUGACGCCGUUAUCGGCGCUGACGGCGCAAAUUCUCGUGUGGCGAAAAAUAUCGACGCCGGAGAUUACGAGUACGCGAUAGCGUUUCAGGAGAGAAUCAAAAUACCGGACGAUAAAAUGCAGUAUUAUGAAAAUCUCGCCGAGAUGUACGUCGGAGAUGACGUGUCACCGGAUUUUUACGGUUGGGUGUUUCCGAAGUGUGACCACGUGGCGGUCGGAACCGGUACCGUUACUCAUAAGCCGGAUAUUAAAAAGUUUCAAUUAGCCACACGCCUACGCGCGCGUGACAAGAUUUUAGGUGGGAAGAUUAUUCGGGUGGAGGCCCACCCGAUUCCUGAGCACCCCCGACCGAGACGACUGGCUGAGAGAGUCGCCCUGGUCGGGGAUGCGGCUGGGUAUGUGACGAAAUGUUCGGGCGAGGGGAUUUAUUUUGCGGCGAAGAGUGGACGGAUGUGCGCUGAGGCGAUCGUGGAGGGGUCGGAGAAUGGGACGAGGAUGGUGGAGGAGGCGGAUUUGAGGAAGUAUUUGGAGAAGUGGGAUAAGACUUAUUGGCCUACUUACAAGGUGUUGGAUAUUCUUCAGAAGGUGUUUUAUCGGUCAAAUCCGGCUAGGGAGGCGUUUGUGGAGAUGUGCGCGGACGAGUAUGUUCAGAAGAUGACGUUCGACAGCUAUUUGUACAAGAAGGUUGCGCCGGGGAACCCUUUGGAGGACUUGAAGCUUGCGGUUAAUACGAUUGGGAGUUUGGUUAGAGCCAAUGCACUCAGGAAUGAGAUGGCCAAGAUUUGAUUAUGUUAAUGUUUUUGUAAUGUAAUGUUACUUGGUACUUAUGUUUCAGUCAUAUAAUAUGUAAUUUUUAGAGCUUAUGAAUGCACAAUCUCUCCACUAGUUUUGUACUUUUGUUUGUUGAAACUUGCAAGUGAAAUGUGUAUUGAUAAAUUCUUCAA